ACACACCUAUUUUGGAAGUGAGGGUUUAGGACGUGGAUCGACUACCUUGGAUUUUUACAAUCCACCUCGCGCGUGUCAGGUGUCUACGUGGUUUAUGCAAACGGCAGUUGUGAAUGGCUUCGGAUCAUUCCAGAGUCGUUUAUGAAUGAAGUGUGUUUUGGAUUAAGGGGAAACAUGGACAGGUCUCGCGGCGUAGUACGACUGGUGAACCCACGCGCACCGGAGCGCCCGCGCGCGCAGCGCAUAGUUGGCUGACGCUUCGGAUUCUUUGUCAGUUACUUUUUUGCCGUCAACUUGUCUCUGUGCAACGGUACUUUUGUCAAGCGCUCUCAGUCAACUGCUAAGCCGGCUGAAAUGGAUAUAUCUAAGCGAAUGCUGAUUUUAUUCCUAGCCUGCUCGUUCGGACCUAAUCUUGUACAGAUGCUGUCUGUCCAGAUGUGUGAGGUCAUGUGGGAGCUAGAAGCGGAGAAAAGGGAGUGUUUGUCCAAGCUGGAAAACAUCACGUCAGGUUGCACAGGUGAAUGGGAUCUAGCGUGUUGGCCAUCAGCCAGGAUUGGAGAGCUGGUCACCAUCCCCUGUCCAAAUUACUUCAGCCAUGUCAGUGAUCAGAGAGGAAACAUUUCGAAGAGCUGUACUGACAAUGGCUGGACAGAAAUAAACCCAGUUGUCGUUGCGUUCAACUGUGGCUACGACCCAAAUAUCACAGAGGAUGGAAACAUGGGUGAAUUCCUGGGCUCUGUGAGAAUUGGAUACACCAUUGGUCACACUGUGUCUCUUAUAUCCCUCAUUAUUGCCAUCAUCAUCCUGUGCUUUUUCAGAAAACUGCACUGCACAAGGAACUACAUCCAUAUUCACCUGUUCAUGUCUUUUAUACUGAAGGCUGUGGCUGUAAUAAUGAAGGAUGUUGUCCUGUAUGAGGUGGAGGAACCUGAUGACUGCCACUAUGGAUCUGUGGGCUGCAAGGCUGCGGUGGUUUUCUUCCAGUACGGCGUCAUAGCCAGUUUCUUCUGGUUAUUGGUGGAGGGUCUGUAUCUGCACGCUCUCCUGGCUGUGUCCUUCUUCUCUGAGAGGAAGUACUUCUGGUGGUACAUUCUCAUUGGAUGGGGAGUUCCGGGUGUCUUCAUAACAAUCUGGAGCAUCACAAAAGCUUAUUUACAUGAUAUUGGAUGCUGGGAUUUUAUUGACGAUGAUCUGUGGUGGAUUAUAAAAACCCCUACGUUGAUAACAAUACUGAUGAACUUUAUUCUCUUCAUUUGUAUCAUACGGAUACUUCGUCAGAAAAUCAGUUCCCGGGAUAUUGGGAGAAAUGAAUCACACCAGUACUCGAGACUUGCGAAAUCAACUCUACUUUUGAUUCCCUUGUUUGGAAUAAACUACAUAAUCUUUGCCUUUAUGCCUCAUCAUAUCGAGUCUUAUGUGCGUCUGGUGUUUGACUUGAUCCUGGGGUCUUUCCAGGGAUUUUGUGUCGCUGUCCUAUAUUGUUUUCUAAAUGGAGAGGUUCAGUCUGAGAUUAAACGAAAGUGGAGGCGGUGGCACAUGCAGAGAUUUCUGGGAGCUGAUACCAAGUACCAGCAGCCCUCAAUGGCAAGCAACGGCCUCAACUUCAGCUCCCAAAUCACUAUGAUGACGAAAUGCAGCCCAACCACACGUCGCGCUUCCGCCUGCCAAGAUGACUUCUCCACCGUCUGAGUGCCGAGUGAUGCUCCGUUUAUAACUGGACACAGAAACCAAUAAAUCUGUGCUGUACACCGCACCACCUCCACCAUCUGCAGGGUGCAGCUCCGUCGUCAUUCCUGUAGGAACUGCGCAUCUCACUGCUCAGCAGGAACAUGAGGGAAACCGUGCAGCUCAAGGCUUAUGGGGAUGGUCUGGCAUGUGAUGGUGGCCAUAGCCAUCAUUUCAAACACAUCGAUCAGGAGGGAAAUAUGCGGGUAAAAUGGACUUUUUCAGGCUUGAUUGUGUUUCAUUAAACUACUGACUCUGAACAGCAAAGGACGCUGACUUUAGUACAAGGAUGCGAUCAGAGUGAUUUUGCUGAAGAAGAAGCGUUUGAUUCGUGGUCCCCAUCCAUUGCCCCAUUUUUGUGCACAACACCACCACAGGCAUUAAUCUUCUAGUUGGUAUCUGUCUGUUGUGUUUUUCUGUUUCUCCUGCUUUCAUUAUGCUGCUCAAGAUUUGUCAGACUCUUAAUAAUCUGUAAAGCUGAAUGGUGACCUUUUAGGUCUCUUGUGACCAGGUUUUAUUUUUAUCUCCUUCCUUUUUCCAGGAAAAAAGUCAUGUGAUUCAGACAGACUGACAUUCUGCUGCAAUCCUGGUUUUGCAUCCUACCCAUUUGUGUCAUGUGCUUGCAUGUCUGUGGACAUGUGGACAAACACAAAAGUCUCUCAUUGAGAGUCAUAAAAGCAAGCUUACUUGUGCAGCUGAAGUAUAUUGCGUCAUUCUAUAUGUUUUAUGAUAGUGAUUUAUAGUGUAUUUGUAUAGUUCUAUGUUAACAUUUACAUGGG